AGAGGGUGAGCUAACCAGGGAAGAAGGAUGUAACCGGCCGGUACACCACCUGGAUCGCCACACCUCCCCUCACCAAAUUCUCGCCUUGGAAGGCAACCGAAAGCACAUGGCUGGCGACCAAUUUAGACAAGAUGCGGCCUAUAAAUUGACAUGCAUCACCAUGUCUCUGCAUCACCGGUGAGCAAAAAAGCUUCAGUUUUUAACUAGUUCUUGAUCUUGCAGCAGCCUCUCUAGGAGCUAGGAGCAGUAACCUGCUGCAGCAAGCUCAUCAAGAUCAGCCAUGGCUUCCGGCUCAGCUGUCUUCGCCACGGCGCUCGUCAUGGCGCUCCUGCUCGCCGGCAGCACCACCAGCCACGCCGCGCGGCGCCUCGCGGACACGGCACCGGCAGCUGCUCCGGCGGCCGUCCCGGAGGGCAUUCCUGCCGUGCCGAAGCCGCCAGUGCCAACGACCGUGCCCGCGGUCGCUCUGCCACCGAUGCCCACCGUGCCGACGGUGCCAGCGGCCACCGUGCCACCGGUUCCCCAGGUUCCUGCCGUCCCCGCCGCGACCCUGCCACCCAUGCCAGCAGUGCCGGCGGUCCCCGCGGCGACCUUGCCACCACCCGUGCCGAAGGUGACGCUGCCUCCGAUGCCCGCCGUGCCUAAGGUCGCCCUGCCACCGAUGCCCGCCGCCCCCAAGGUGACGCUGCCGCCGAUGCCCUCCGUCCCCGGCGUGCCGAUGCCAUUCUUGGCGCCGCCUCCUUCGGCAUGAUCAAAGCAUGCGCCCAGUGUGCAUCUGUGAAGAAGUGUAUGUCAUUUGCCGAUGUCUGAUUGUUGAGUGAUGGGUCGAGUAUUCAAUUUCCUUUCCGUUUGAUGCGGCGUGGUUCUGUAUAUCCAUGUAUUAGCUAGUUGGAGAGUUCCCGGGUUUUGCCAUUCAUUACGACUUUGUUCAUGCUUGGCUAUGUAUAUGUAUAUGGGUUCCAUCAGGUCAUUUUUGUUUAUGUGUUCAAUAAUAUGAUUGAAGCUUAAGCCUUGUGUC